AUGGGACCCAGAACCUAUCUGACCACUGGCUUGAGGCACCUAGGCAAGCCCCGCCCCCUGGAGCCUGGUGAAACCUUUGUCGUCCGGUACAAGAAUUCCCUCCGUCAAUACAAAUCUGACGUCUGGAUUGGAGUGGUGCUGCCAGAAAGGUUCGGACCAAGCAGACACAUCAAUCGCCGCCCUGUUGGUUCCCAGCCAGUUGAGGGUGUCUGGAUGACGCACCUGAAAGACCGGAUAUACCCCAUGUAUCUUCCGGGUCGAAACAUGUACAAAUGGGUCGGACUCCAGGAUCUCUUUGUUCUCAAUGAAAAGACCAUCAACGUUCUUCGUCGCGCCCAGAGAGAGCCAGAUGCCAAGAUCUGGGAUGACCUAGUGGAAAUCAUUCGAACUGAGCCUGGCCUGGAAUUCUGGAAGAACAUGUCUCUCCAGGAACUAGGGGCCAAGGGCAAACGAGGCAAGGAACUCCGUCUUGUUUUACCGAGUGGCCAUGAAGAUAUGGUCUCCUGCGGAGAAAGUGAUGUUGAGCCUGAGUUCGAGGAGGAAUAUGAAGAUGACAACGAAGAUGAAGAUGGAUAUCAAGAGGACCCAUCAGAUCACGUGGAGCCUGAUAUUGAUGCUGCACCUGGCUCAUCUAAUGAGCAAACAACUAUCAGAUCAUUUUCCGAACCACAUGCUGGACAGGGCAUUCAGUUCAGACAAACAUUAGGGUUUUCCCAAGAUGCUAAACCCGCUGUCUCUGCAUUUGAAAGUAUCGCCUUUGCUGACAGGGAGAGCUCUAGCUUAGGGACGACCCGGCAAUUCCAUCCGUGUCUUCCUCUGGUGCCUCCCACUUCUUCUUCUCUCCCAAACUCAUCGACAUUCAUUGUGCCACCAACCAUGACGCAAAGCCCGGUGCCUAAGGUUGAAAAUGAUACUAGUGCUAGUGGUAAUGGCAGUGUUACAGAUGUGGCACCUCAGCAAACCGUCCCAGAGUUCUCAAUCUUUGAUUUGACUCUCAGCCAAGCUCUGAAACAUGUCUUUCUGAAUCAGCGUGAAACCGCCAAGAUCACCGAUGUGUUCCUAGGUGCCCUGGCUCUUGAAAAUCAGCCAGAGCACCUGCAGAUAGGCGAAUACUUAGCCAAUGGAGAGUUCCCCCCUCGCCUGAUUACACUCAGAAACUCUGGCUUCUCCCAUCCGACUCCAUUCCCAGCCCUAGAUUCCAACAGCAACACUACCUACCGGCUGGUUGGCGAUCAAAUGGGAAUUGGUCAGAACUUCAAACUGAACGGCGUGAGGAACAGCAUCGAUCUGGAAAAUGCCAUCAUCGUCCUCGGAAGAGUGUACGUCCAAGCCCGCCGUUUCGGCCUGAUGGAUUUGGUUUAUCGAAUCACAUUCAAGCUCCAAGUCGCCUGGAACUGUUACCCGGAGCUAUACCAAUCCAAACCCCUCCUCGCAGUCGCAUCUCUUGCUUUCACUGGCCGCGCAGAGUUUGAUGAGGGUGACUGCGAUUACCUCCAGUCAUGGCUAAUUCAUUUCAUCGGCGAGGCUUCAGAUUUGCUCACAUACAAUGCCAGCGAGCAGUUCUGGGGGUUGUUGCGAACCCAUCCAAAGCUUCAAGACAAAGUUCUCGACCUUCGCAAGGAGGCUCACAUCCAUAACCCGGAGUUGUAUGGAAACACCCGUGCGCUACUCGAGAGCCGCGGUCUGGGAAACAUAUAA